AUGACAUGGACCCAACAAGACUCUUCUCCCACAACAGCUGAAAAUCCAAUCGACAUAGCUAACCUGCUAAAUCGCUACUUCUACUCUGUGUUUAAACCAUGUGAUGCCGCUCAUCACAGCCCUCUUCCUGCUGACGACGAUUCGAUUAAUGUAAUAACCAUCUCAGAUCUCGAGUUAGCUGAAGGAGAAGUUUGUUGUGUACUUAAAACUCUCGACGUAGACAAAGCCACUGGUCCUGACAAAAUCCCGGCGGUAUUGCUAAAAACCUGCGCAGCUAACAUUAGUCCAUCUUUAUGCGAACUUUUCAACAAGAGUUUAUCUUGUGGAAAACUGCCGUUGGAGUGGAAGUUGUCUAAUAUCAGUCCAAUUCCAAAGAAAAGUCCUUUCCAUGAAGUCUGCAACUAUAGACCAAUAUCACUUUUGUCGCUGGUCUCCAAGGUGUUUGAACGUUGCAUCUACAAUAGAAUUAUUGGCCACCUCUCAAGUCAACUUUAUGAUCUUCAAUACGGUUUUCAAAGCGGCAAGUCUACAACUGCCCAGAUGCUUUAUGUUCUUCACGAGAUUCAUAAUGUCUUAGAGAAAAGGGGCCAAGUUGACACUAUCUAUCUUGAUUUCGCGAAAGCUUUCGACAAAGUCAGCCAUGAUCUCUUACUCGUGAAGCUUCACAAUUUUGGCAUCAGAGGAAAUCUUCUUCGCUGGUUCGGGGACUAUCUUUCUGGGCGAUUACAGAGAGUCACUGUUCUUGGUGUAACAUCUGAACCACUUCCAGUGCUUUCUGGAGUUCCUCAGGGAUCAAUCCUUGGACCACUCCUUUUCCUCAUCUACGUGAACGACCUUCCUAUGUCUACCUCGCACGAUACUACCUUGUCAAUGUUCGCUGAUGACACAAAAUGUCACCGUCAUCUUCGAAAUUUCCAAGACACCAUAAUUCUGCAGCAAGACCUGGAUAGUGUUGCCAACUGGUGUAAUGACUGGAGGAUGGACUUAAACCAAACCAAGUGUGUAGUCAUGCAUUUCUCAAGAAUUGCUCAACCGAUGAUCACACAGUACACAAUAUCAGACACUCCAGUCCUACAAUCAUCCAGUCAGAAAGAUCUUGGCAUAACUACCACUAACGACCUUAAAUGGAACAAACAGGUGCAAGAGAUAUCGACCAAAGCAAAUAAAAUGUUAGGUUUCGUAAAGCGUACGGCGUUCGACAUUCGCCAACGUAGAGUUCGUAAGGUACUUUAUUUGACAACGGUUCGUAGUCAGCUGGCUUAUGGUAGUCAG